GCCAUAUUUUAGUGACCAUUAGCUCGAGCGGCGUUCAUUAUUAUAUCAGGAUCUUCGUCAAAAGCAGGUCCUUUAACCGUGCAGAGAUGCGGAUCACUGCUGCAGUGUGCUUUAUUUCUGCACUGGCCUUCAUUGCGCACGCAGACGUCUAUUUUAAAGAGCAGUUUCUGGACGGAGAUGGCUGGAAAAGCAGGUGGGUGGAAUCCAAGCACAAGUCCGACUACGGCCAAUGGAAACUGACCUCAGGGAAAUUCUACGGUGAUGCUGAGCUUGAUAAAGGUCUGCAAACAAGUCAAGAUGCUCGGUUUUAUGCUUUAUCCAGUCGCUUUGAUUCAUUUAGCAAUGAGGGCAAAACAUUAGUGAUCCAGUUUACGGUGAAACACGAGCAGAAGAUCGACUGUGGCGGUGGGUAUGUGAAAGUCUUCCCCGCCGAGAUGGACCAGACCGAAAUGCAUGGUGAAUCGCAGUAUUACAUCAUGUUCGGGCCUGACAUCUGUGGCUACAGCACCAAAAAAGUCCACGUCAUUUUCAACUACAAAGGCCAAAACCACCUAAUCAAGAAAGACAUCAAAUGCAAGGACGAUGAACUCACACACCUGUACACACUGAUUCUGCGACCAGACCAAACUUAUGAAGUGAAAAUCGACAAUGAGAAAGUGGAAUCGGGUUCCUUGGAGGAAGACUGGGAUUUCCUUCCUCCCAAAAAGAUCAAGGAUCCAGAGGCCAAAAAGCCAGAUGAUUGGGACGACAGGGCGAAAAUCGACGAUCCUGAAGACACUAAACCCGAGGAUUGGGACAAACCUGAGAAUAUCCCUGACCCUGAUGCCAAGAAACCAGACGACUGGGAUGAAGACAUGGAUGGAGAAUGGGAACCUGCAAUGAUCCCAAACCCAGAGUACAAGGGUGAGUGGAAACCCAAACAGAUUGACAACCCCUCCUACAAAGGCACCUGGGUUCAUCCUGAAAUCGACAACCCAGAGUACGCGGCAGAUGACGCCAUUUAUAAGUUUGACAGCAUUGGUGUUCUGGGACUGGAUCUUUGGCAGGUAAAAUCUGGAACAAUCUUUGACAACUUUUUGAUCACCGAUGAUGUCGAGGAGGCUGAGAAAUUUGGUACAGAUACAUGGGGUGCGACAAAGGGACCAGAGAAGAAAAUGAAGGACCAGCAGGAAGAGGAAGAACGGAAAAAGCGGGAAGAGGAAGAAAAGAGCAAAAAGGAUGAUAAUGAGGAAGAUGAAGAGGACGAAGAUGAGGAUGAGCCAGAGGAGGAUGAUCAUACAGAAGAACCUCCAGAGGAAGAAGAGGAGGGUGAGGAUGAUGCGCUCCCUAAAGAUGAAUUGUAAAGAAGUCUCUUCCUGAAUGAGCAGAUCUGAUGUGGUUCUUAAGUCUUUUUCUUUAAAUGAGGUGUAUAAUUUGACCCCGCCCCCUUUCUAGUCACAUGUCGCAUCCCUGAAUUCAGAUUUCUUUUGGUUUUGCUGCUAGAAGCCCCAUGUUCAUAGUACAACCUGUUAAACUAGACUAAUAAAUGUUUGGGUUUUCUGUUCGGUCUCGAGUUGCGCAAUGGGAAAAUUCUAAUGUAUCAUUUGUUGGAUUUGCACUUUUUUAAAUAAAUGAUUUAUUUUUAAA